AUGUCCAAAGUGCAUACAUUGAAUGAUAUAAAAGAUAGAGAAGGUGGUUCUUAUAAAAAACCUGGUCAUCGGCUGGGUAGUGCAUAUGAGCAAGAGCUCGAAAAAAAAUUAAGAUCCGUUACUGAAUUUAACUCUGAGAUUAAUGAUCUCAGUGAAAAACUGGUAGAUAAGUACAAUGAGCGAGAAAAGGAGUAUCAGCGAAGCUAUAGUGAUAUUGGGAAUAAGAUUGGCCAGUUAAAUGCGUCUAGCGUUAAAGUUAGAUCCCAACUUAUUUCUGAACGAAAGUCUCAUUCUGAGAGCCAACGUGAGCUUGAAGCCAAAUAUACUGCUGAAAUCCAAUCGCUCAAAUCUUCUAUUAAAACACUAAAAAGAGAGGCAACUUUGACCCAGAAAGCUUCGUCCGCUGACAAGAUCAAGAUUCUCUCUCUUGAAGUUAAAAUACGUGAAUUGGAAGGUAAGUUGGAGGACAUAGAUCUAGAGCGUACAUAUCAUGGUUUGGAUGUAAUAGGAGGGAUGAUAGAGAAUCUGGCCCAAAUAAACGGUCCCUUUGGGACCAACCCAUCUGACCCUGACCCCAAAGAGAUCGAUUCUCUCAGACUUGAAUUAGAACAAGUAAAGGAAGAUCGAAAUUCAAAAAAAUAUGAAAUAGAAUGUAUGGAAAAGGGGAUAGAGGCGUCGAAUAACAUAUACAAACGGGAGCUAGAUAUUCGGUCUUCAGAACGAUUAAAAAUGAUGGAGGAAAAUUCUCGUCUCCAAGAGAUAAUCUCAAAGAAAGAUAAUGAAAUAGCAGAUCUAAGGUUGCUUGCCGAAACCUAG